AUGCAAAUUCAAAUACUUGUACCUAGUCAAGGUCAAAGACGAUUCUUAUUACAAGUUGAGAAAACCGAUACUGUCGCGAAACUUCGAAAUACGAUAGCUCAAACUAUCGGUGUACCUGAAAAGGGGUUUCUUUUAAUUGCGCUCGGCAAAAUUAUGUUAAACCAAAAUGCAGACAAAACGGCUGCGACAUUAUCUUUAACUUACCGUUUACGAGACCAGACCAGUGUCUUUGUUCACCUUAUUGAAAAUUGUAUACCGCCCAGCAAACGAUUAAAAAAAUGUCAAGAAUGUGGAUGUGCUAAAUGUCAUUAUAAGACCGGCGAUCCCCUCAUUUGCGAUCAGUGUGAGAACUACUGGCAUACACACUGUGCUGGUUUAAGCAGAAUCCCCACAGAUCAAUACUGGUUUUGCCCAGAUUGCAUUAAUGAAGAUGGUAAAUUAAUUGUCGGAAAAGGAGAGGCUGUCAAAGAUAGUACAAAUCAAAAAAGUCUUAUUGUUAUUCGGGACAUGGACUGUGUAUUAGUACCUGUGUAUCACGUAGGAAAAAUUCCAGGUAUAUAUUGCGGUCAGUCCUGGGAGAAUAGAAGUCUGGUUUAUGACUGGGGCAUUCACAGAGCUUCGAGGGCAAAUGUUACAGGAACAUCCUUAACUGGAGCAGUAUCGAUUGUCUUGUCAAAAGGAUUGAGAGAGGAUCGAGAUCUUGGAUAUGAGUUUGUAUUUUCGGGCGUUGGAGGAGAGAUAAGAACCAGGAAGCAUUCUGAUUUCUUGAACUUGGUUAAGGAUCAAACUCUUACAAAGUAUAAUAAAGCCUUGGCUGUUACUUGCAACGCUCCCUUUAAUGGAGAAACUGGUGCCAAAGCGCAUAAUUGGAGAAAGAGUAGACCGAUCAGAGUAUGUCGGGCCGCAAGCAGGAAACAUACGCAUCCAACAUAUGCUCCUACAGAGGGUAUUCGAUAUGAUGGAUUGUACAAAAUUGUAAAAUAUUGGCCGCAAAAAGAUAAAGCAAGUGGAUUUAUUAUUUGGAAGUUUCUGUUUAGAAGAGAUGAUCAAGAACCUCCACCAUGGAUGUCCUUCGCUAAAGAAUUUAUGUCAACGAGAGGGUUACGAACAAUUAAGAUUAAAGAGGGAUCUACGACCAAGUUGUCUAGAUAUGUAAUACCAGCUCAUAUCCAAAGAUUAAUGGAAGCUGAUACGAAAAACAAACGAUUAUGGCGCGAAAUUAGCGAGAUGGAAUUUUGGUCAGAGUACGAAUUUUUACAUUACUUAUUUGAUACAGCCACAGUAUGUUCUAGUUUUGUUUGCUCAAAGCCAAUUAAGGUAAGUAGGAGCACUGGUGCGAGUUUUUUUAGAUUUUAA